AUGCUCGAUGAAAAUUUGUCAUGUCUGUUAGACGAAAGUGAUGAUGACUGCACAAAAAAAAAUGAUGUCAAAAGUAGGAAGCAGGAGCUACAUCACAACAAGAACAGCGGAAUAACAAAUGAAAAACAUAGAGAUUUUUUACCCACGUCUGUGUUCAAUUUCCACAUUCGCAAUAUAGGAAACUUGAACAAUUUUUUUAAAAACACAAAUAGUAAGUUCGGGGUUUUAAACUAUAAGGCCAAGAAUCAGAGUACCUCUCAUGGCACUGUUGAACACACACCAACUUUGCGCCUUCGAAAUGGAGAAGCUAGUCAAAGCAGCAACACCGUAAAUAAAAAAUAUGAACAGUUAAAGAAAAAUUUAAACAUCAAGAAUGCUUUGAAUAGAAAAAAUGAUGAAAACGUGCUAGUGAACAAGGAUGGUGCCCGAGCUGCGGAUAAUGCAACAUGUAGUGGAAACAAUGAAAGGUAUAACAGUCACCCAUUAAAUUACAUUUCCCCCUCGUUAGAAAUUCAAAAGCACGAAUUUGUGAAAACGAAAAAUUUUAAAUUUCCCCAGAUUGAUACUAACUUAGGGCAUGAAAAAAACAUUUCUAAUGUAGCGGAAAAUGCAAACAUCUGUAAAGAGAAGGAAAGGGAGGAAAUAAUACCAUGCAGCACAAAUUGUGCUACUCCAAUUAACAUCACCAUAAAUGAAAAAAAAAAAAUUUCAAAAACUAGCUUAUACUGUGAGGUGGUAGUCAAUCAAGGUGAAACUUAUAAUAGUGCAGUAGUAGAGGAAAAAAGAACAAUAGCCAAUAAUAUCGUAAAAUCAAAUGAAAAAAAAAAAAUAGAAAAGUUUAAUGCAUGCGAAGAUGUAACAAAUAGUGCUUGUUCGCAUGUGUGUGAAGAAAAAAAUAUCACUGGGUCAAGUGAAUAUAUUAGUUAUGGUACACAUCUUGACAUGAGUACAAAAGGAAAGGAUGUUCCUGCACCUUUUCCCAUAAGCAGUAAGAACACAGAAUGUGUUAAUCAAGGAGCGAAUAAGAAGAAGUGCACAAGAACAGACAGAACUUCAAAACCAGCAAUAGUAAAUAAUUCAGCCAAAUUUGUUUCUUUUAAAAAUGUUCCCACGGAAAAUACCAAUCUGGAUGACACAAAUUUGGAAAGUACCAACUUAAGAGACAUUUCACAAAAGUUGAAUUUUAUGAGACAGCUUUCUCAGGAAUCGAAAAAAUCUCCAAGCGCAACACAAAUAUCACAUAAAAACAAAAUUGAAAAAAGGAAAGAAUUAAUAUACUGCUUUUCAUUCAUAAAAUACAAUUCUUGGAUUAAGGCUUUGCAAAUACUGAACCUUCCUUUGGAUCCAUUCCAUCUAAGUAUAAAUGUACACAAGUAUAUAGCAAAUGGGAGAUUUGAAGAGAAUAACCAAAUGACUAAAUAUUCUAGUGGCUAUGCGAACAGUCCAAACAGCAACAACACAUCAAUGAACACAUCCUUUUUAUAUACAUAUAAUAUACACAAUAUUUUGAAAAAUAAACGAUUCGCAAAUUACAGGAUAGAAAAAAUGAUAGUCAUUGUUAAAAGUAUUAGAUGCAAAACUCAUGGAUAUUUCAUAGUGGUAAUGGAUCCAUCGGGACAGAUGCCAGCUUCUAUACAUAAAGAGGUUGAGAAGGAAUAUAAGAAAUAUAUCAAUGUUGGUUCAACACUAAUACUGAAAAAUGUUACAGUGUUUGAAACCAUACAAAACUUCCCCUAUCUAAUAAUAACUCUCAGAAGCCUCGUAAGAGUUAUAAAAGCAGAGGAAACAAAUUAUGUUACGAAAGAGAGUAUCCUCAAAGGCAUUUACCCUUUGGAGGAAAAAAAUCUUCCCCUCCAUUCCCUACAUAGACAAAGACAAAGACAAAGACCUGUGAACUUUCGAGAGUAG